GUAGAGGAGCUGCCGCGGCGGUGGGUCAUCACAGAGCCGAGCCGAGCAGACGAGCCGCAGCAAGAGUCCUCAGCACCAGCGCCACUGGACAGCGACACGUAGUCAACCGAACCGAACCGAAACUAAAAGACACCAUGGUUCUCAUCUGGACCCAGUUCGGCAUGAAGCACAAAAAUGUCAACGUCAAGUGCAAAGUGCGCGUGAUGCACCGGGGGGACAGCUCAGGCUCAUCGUCAGCGGAAAGCACCAAGUCUGAGCAGGACACGCCCUGCCUGGCCAUCAAACCCACGGGCAAGGACUUCUACAAGAUCCUGGGCGUCUCCCCCGAAUCCAACGAGGACGAGAUCAAGAAGGCCUACAGGAAGAUGGCCCUCAAGUUCCACCCGGACAAGAACAGCGAUGCUGAUGCGGCGGACCGGUUCAAGGAGAUCGCAGAGGCCUACGAGAUCCUGACUGACCCCAAGAAGAGAAUCAUAUAUGACCAGUUUGGAGAAGAAGGUAUUAAAAAUGGAAUGUCAAUGUCAAUGGCAGGCCGCAAUAAUUUCCACAGUGAAUGCCACGCCAACUCCUUCCAUGGAUCAGACCACUUUGACAUCUUCUUUGGCAAUGACCUCGAUGGCGAGGACGACCUCUUCAACCCUUUCAGGCGGUUCACCUUCAGCCACGUGGGACAAGACGGCGGUCUGCGGCGAGGCCAGCGGCGCCUGCAGGGCGAGGCGGUGGUGCGCGACCUGCUGGUGACGCUGGAGGACGUGAUGCACGGCUGCACCAAACACGUGAAGAUCACCCGCAGCCGGCUGAACGCCGACGGCCGCAGCCUGCGAUCGGAAGACAAGGUGCUAAAUGUGGUGGUGAAGAAGGGCUGGAAAGCGGGGACCAAGAUCACCUUCCCCAGGGAGGGAGACGAGACACCCAACAAUACCCCCGCAGACAUCACCUUCAUCCUCAGGGACAAGGAGCACCCCCAGUACAAGAGAGAGGGCUCCAACAUCGUCUACACCACCAAGAUCACCCUCAAAGAGGCUCUCUGUGGCUGCACAGUUAACGUUCCCACACUGGACAAUCGGAUGAUGCCUCUGCCAUGCAGUGAUGUCAUCAAACCCGGCGCCGUCCGGCGGCUGAGGGGCGAAGGCCUGCCCCUGCCCAAGAGCCCGUCCAAUCGAGGCGACUUGGUGGUGAAGUUCCAGGUGCUCUUCCCUGACCGGAUCCCACCGCAGUCGCGCGAGAUCAUCAAGCACAGCUUGGCCAAUUGCUAGCCUGCUUUUACUUAUAUCACAUGGGUUGACACAGCUUCAGCGUGUGUGUGUGUGUGUACAUUGCUUUCGAUUCACAAACAAAGCCUUGCCCUGGGUGCUAGUUAUCACAACCAACCGCAACCUCUUAUGGUGUUUGGAAAUGGCAAGCAGCGCUGAAAGUGAGUUGUUAGUUCAGAAAAGACUCUGUGAGGAGAUGACUCUCUGCAGGUAUUAGGCAUGAUGCACAACAGCUAUGACGCCGUAUGAGCAGUGAGCUCAGAGCGGAUGAACGGGGUCUCCUGAUCUCAAUAGCCUUUCUCUUGAAUGAAAAGCUUAUCUCUACUGUUAUACUUGCCUAGCCAUCGCAGGAUAUCAGUGUGCUAUUCAAGUCUGUAUAGACUUCCUUAAUGGUAGAAACAUGUGAAGAGAAACAACAACUUUACUGUAGUUAUAUGGUGUUCAUAUGACUGAUCUUUUGCAUUGAUUUCUAACAAUAGCAACAUGUACUUGUGUACAAAGAUCUACUUUGUGUACAAAAUGCAAAAAAAUAUAUAUUGUCUCUAAGAGAGAUUCAUCUGUCAAAUGUUCUAUUGAAUUAUUCAAAAUGUUUGUCUUUAUUCUGCAAAGGAGGCCAGCCGUUGAUGUAUUGUUAGGCUACCUGAAAACAUGAAAAAAAAUUAAUAAAGAUGACAAUUUUA